UGAUCCACAGGUUGGCACUGCAUGUUUCCCAGGGUCUUUAUUUGUCGUCCUGUCAGGUCUGAUUCACUUGUAACACAUGGAUGUCUAAUACAUUUUAUAUUAAAAGAGACAAACUUUAACUUUGCUAAAGGAUAGAGGAAAAUAAAUAUCCGCUUGCUCUAUGUGACUAAAUUAUCAAGUCAUAGGAACAGGACAUGUUUUAGAGCACAUCAUUUAGUUUAGUCUAUUUGAUUCCAUUAAUCAGCUUAUUGCAGAAUAUGUAUUUCGAGACAUGGGAGAGAGAAUGAACUAAGACUAGAUUUGACUAUUUCGUUUGCUGGCUAUUUAUUUUUCUGUUUUGUAUGAUACCUGGCGGGUCCUGUAGCCUGCUUUUUACAGGUUUCUUCGUUCCAAGUGUUGUUUUGAAGCCUAUUUUCAUCAUUAAAAUACAACAAAGAUGUGGCAUUACUUACAAUGUGACAUUACCUUGGAGAAGAGUAACGAGUUAAAGGUCGUCUCUAGAUGGUAACCCUAGCUUUGCGAAACUCUAUUAUACUUGUCUCGUUGUUUUAUGACGUGACAACGCUGUGGUUAAGGUCCGGUUAGAUUAAGAGACAUAUCAUGGUUUGUGUUGAAAUGAUCACUUGAAACGUGGUAUGGGGAUAAAGCAUAGGGAUAAAGUUACUACUUCAUUACAAAUCUCGCGAGAGUUUUGUAUGAAUGGGUCAAAUCUAGGGUUACCGUCUGGACACGAACCGGGUUAAGUGGUAAGGGGAGUCGGCCGCCGCUCGGACUGUACCGUUAUUACCGUGGAGGACUGGGGGAGGGUCCUCUUCUCCUCCCCUCCUCUUCUCCUCGUGGAGGACGAGAUCAGAUCAGAGGUGAUGACACACGCAGGAGAGAUGGUGACAGCGCGCAGGAUCACCGUGCAGCCUCUUCAUGAAGAAUAGUUACUGAGCUUCUCCCGCUGGAUUGUAGAGAACAGCAAUGGGGAACUCCUAUGCAGGCCAGCUGCGGACAACACGCUUUGAGGAGGUCCUUCAUAACUCCAUCGAGGCAUCACUGAGGUCCAACACCAUAGUGCCGCGGCCUGUUUUCUCUCAGCUAUAUCUGGAGAGCGAGCAGUCAUUGCCACACGAUGGCCGAACAGAGAAUGAUGAUGAGGAUGAUGAAGACGGUUCAGAGUCUAACAGCCCUCCAAUACCCUAUCAGAUGAAAACCCCACCUGAGGGAUGCUGUACCACAGACGGCUUCUGUCAGGCAGGCAGAGACCUGCGUCUGUCGUCGCUGGCAUCAGAUUCCCUGGAUGUUCCCCCUGGGUUCAUGUUGGUCGGGGUGAAGUCCCCCUCCCUCUCUGACACCCUGCUGGUGUGCGCUGUGGACCGCCGCUUCCUGCCGGAUGAACGGGGUCGCAACGCUCUGCUGGGCUUCUCAGGGAACUGUAUGGGCUGUGGAGAGAAAGGGUUCCGCUAUUUUACAGAGUUCUCAAACCACAUUAACCUGAAGCUCAGCACCCAGCCCAAGAAACAGAAGCACUUAAAAUACCAUCUGUACCGAAACAACCAGGGCGUGCUGGUCAAAGGAGCUCCCAUCUGCUGGAGGGGACAUGAUGGCAGAAUGAGACAGAUAGGGUCCAACCCCUCAGAAGGCCAUGUGACAUCAGAUGAACAGCCACCAAACCUGGCAUUGACUCACCCAUCACACACACCUGGAAGCUACACAGCAUCACAUGUAGACCCAAUUGGUCUGCCGCAAAUCGCUGAUGUCCCCCACUCACUGACAAAUGGCAACCAUGCUGUUUCCUCCAUCGCCCAGCCGCCUUUAAAUCAAUCAGGGCCUGGGAGACCCUCAACUACAGGGCCUCAUACAAAUGCUGGACCCCCCAAAAAGAGGCACAAGGGCUGGUCACCAGAGUCCUCUGCCAACAGUCAGCCAGAGAGCACCGUGAAAACACUACCAUCUUCAUCAGCCUUAUCUACAUUAUCUGUGUCCUCUGCUGCCACUAAUGGAGCCAGAUCAGAGACUGCAGUCCCACUGAGUUCCUCACAGGGGUCCUUAACCCCACUUUCUCCUCCAGGGCUGUCUGUAACAGUGCCCGAUCAGCUGUUACACACCUGCGGACUGCAACCUGUCAUCUUCAAAGGUCAUGGCCCUCUUCCUCAGCUGACUGGCAAUGUCAGUGAAGUGCUCGUCAGUUCUCUGCUCCAGAGUUGUUACCUGAGCUCCCAGACACUCCCCAGAGUCUACCAGCACUACGGACCAUCACCCAUUCAGCCACUGUCGACUGAGAUGCAGAUUCUACUCACUGUCUACUACCUUGUUCAGCUUGGCCCUGACCAAGUGCCCCUGAUUGAGGACUUGGAGCAGAUAUUCAUGAGGUCAUGGAGGGAGUCUCAUCUCAGUGAGAUCAGACAGUACCAACAGCCUCAAACUCCAGCCUCCCAAGGGAGGCACUACGGCAUAGAGACGCCCUCCACCCUGCCUGGGCUGCCCCAGCAUCUCUCCUUACCUCCCCAGAGCCAGCAACCCCUGACCCCCAGCCAGCUCCCUUGGCUUGCCCAGCUGGCUGCAUCGUCCUGUGCAGAGGGUGUGGUGGUUUUAGGGGAGCAGGUCACAUCUUUGGCUCAAGGCCUUCACCAAACAUUCAGCAGAUUAAUGGAAGGACGGCUUGAAAACACCAACUACGUAGUUGUCAUUGUAACUGCACCAGGACAGGAAACACAGUCCUGUGUGGUAGUCACAGGUAAACACCAGUGUCGUGCCUUGGCAGAGAGUAUGUACUCUUCCAGUGAGGGUCUGAGAGAAAUCAACCACCAGCUCUCCACUGGUGUUGCCCAGGAGCUCAUCCAUUACUGCAAUUCCCUCGGACAAGAUGGGGAUAUGGAUUCCCUCCUGGAUAGUGCCACCCUUGACAGCAACGAGCCAUCUCCUUUAUCCAGCAGUCAAGAAUCAGCUGAAGAGAGGAGUCUCAAAAACACACACAGUCCCAAAGACACACACAGUCCAAAGGAUUCACACACACAGUGUUCAAAAGACUCACCCAGUGCUAAAGAAGCACCAAGUCCAAAAGACUCCUGUUCAGAAUACUCUGUUGAGUGGCGUGAGGUUCGGCCAAUCCAGCUGGCAGUAGCCCGAAAGCUGCUGUCCCAUGUUUGUGCCAUAGCAGACUCCAGCACACAGAACCUGGAUCUUGGUUCCUUUGACAGGGUCAGCUUCCUCAUCCUGGUCCCGCCCUCUGAGGUCACAUUUCAACAGACCGUUCUCCACCUCUGGAGCUCUGGUGUCCUUCAGGAGCUUGGGGGUUUAGACCAGGAGUGUGUGUUUCAGCGGGACGCUGUGCGUUAUGUGGUCAAGAUGGAUCAGAGCGCUCAGGCGCGAAUUGACAGCCUCAUUCAGGAAGCACACAGCAACUCCUACACUCUUUACAUCCUGGUCCAUGACCAUGCUCACUGGGACAUUAGCAGUGCAUCCUACAGUAGCUCAGACAGUGGUUUGGGUCUGGUGGACCAGCUGUUAAACUCCAGACAGGUCAGAGAUGCUCCCAACAUCCUGAUUCUCCACGUCACAUCCUUCCCCUUCGCUCUGCAGACGCAGUACACCCGCAUCAGCCCCUACAACGAGAUCCACUGGCCCUCUGCAUUCAGUAAUGAUGUGGACCUGUAUCAUGAGAGAACGCGGUACUUUGGUGUGUCAGAGCUUUUAGAGUCGACCCGUUCAGGAAGCAGUCUGCCUCUUAUGCGUUAUGAUUCCUCUUUUGAAAGCAUGGUAUCUGCCUUGGAAGAGAGGUUCCCUAAGCUGCACAGUGCUGUGAUCCGGACUACAGUUCUGAUCCAACACUACUGUGUAGCUCUGAUGGCUGCAUCUGGUAGAAUCAGUGGCUCCCACAAUCUCCACAAACACACCUCUGUGGAGACCCUGGAGAUUGUGCAAUCACUGCUCACUGCUGCCCAGCAAUGCCCUGCCCACCACGGUCACAUGGUCCUGCUACGGAUCCCCUCUUUGGCUCUGGCAGCCUGGGCACACCGACGGCUGUCCAGAGUGAGGAGGCAGUUGGGUCUGGAGGAGAAUUUUGAAAUCAUACUGGGGAAUCCCAGCCAAGCUCUGAAUAUUGGACAGAGCUUUACUGAUCAGAUCAAGACAUGGCUAAAAAUCCAAGAUGCUGACUGGGUUCCUCAUACCUACCUGGAGCUUGAGGCCCUUCCCUGCAUCCUGAUCUUGUCAGGAGCUGAGCCGCUGGGAGAAUCAUUGCCCAGGUCACUGAAGUACUGUGACCUUCGAGUGAUAAGCUGCUCCUACCUUCAUCGUACCACACUUGAACAAGAGCUAGGACUAGCUGCUUACCUGGUGAGGGCAGAGUCACGACCUCCACACAACCAUGGGUCAGGAAGUGACCUGCUGGAGAGUGAUGCAGAAAAACUCAGCAGCACUGACAAUGAGGAGGAGGAGGGGCAGGAGAAUGGGGACUCCCCUCUUUCAUCCAGCCAGCCGCUCCAGUCAUGCCCAGACAAUGGAGCAUUAGAUCCCUUCCCUGCCCAAAGCAACACCUCUCCAAAUGUCCAGAAAAACACAAUGGACACCAUCCAGUCUCCCUCACAGACCCAGACUCAGCUGCAGCCCCAGCCUUUAUCUCAGUCAUUUUCAUAUCCUCAGCCCCCACUUCACCACCAAACCCAACCUCAAGUGCAAAGUUAUUCCCAAGCCCAGCCAAUUUCCCAGCCGCAGCCCCAAAGUCAGGGUCAAAAUCAGCUGUUGUCUCAAACAAAUCCCCAACCUCACUCGCAAACACUCCCCCAACACCAGUCCCUCUCACAGAUGCAAAUACCUCACCCUCAAAAUCAACCACUGCCCCCUGCCCAGUCUCGUCAUCUACACUCCAAAUCCACCUCCUCUGGCUCCUUGUCUCCCCGAGCCUCCUCUCCUCAUCUGAGCUGCUCCUGGGCACGGGGAGUGAGUCGCCCGCCUUCUGUGCUCCUCCCGCGUGCUCUCUACGACAUUAUCACAGCCAGUGACAGCAGCGGGCUUCCACGAUGUACCUCAUUCCUGCCACACAUGUCUGUCGCAUGGGCAAGCAGCUUCAGGCCCUUGCUGAGUAAGAUGAUGACAUGUACAGAACAGUCACUGUAUUAUCGCCAGUGGACGGUCCCCCGCUCUUUCCACAUGGACAGCAGCAAUCGCACCGAAGGACGAAGUGACAACUUUCACCCUCGCAGGCUGCUCCUCAGUGGACCCCCACAGGUGGGUAAGACAGGAGCGUACCUGCACUUCCUGGGUAUUCUGUCUCGGAUGCUGAUCAGGCUGAUGGAGGUGGAUAUCUACGAUGAAGAGGACAUAAACUUCAGUACCCAGGCAGAGGGGGUGCAGUACAACCCACCCAAUGCCUCCUGGCCCAAUCCGGACAUUAUGAGGACGAUGCCCUUUGACUAUACCAUCCAUGACCCUAAAUAUGAUGACAUCAGCGCAGUCUAUUGUCCUGGAUAUAAACCUGGUGCUGAUGGAAACCCUGUACGGCAGGAAGAUGUGUACCUACGUAGGCGGACAUCUAGGAUCAAGCUGUCUAAAUAUGCGGCAUACAACACCUAUCAUCACUGUGAACAGUGUCACCAGUACUUGGGCUUCAAUCCUAGAUACCAGAUGUAUGAGUCAACACUGCACGCUUUCACAUUCACUCAUCUGCUGCUUGGAGAAGAGAUCCAGCUCUACUUCAUCAUCCCAAAGUCUAAAGAGCACUACUUCAGCUUCAGCCAACCUGGAGGCCAACUGGAGAGCAUGCGGCUGCCCCUCACUUCUGAUUGGAGCCCAGACUGCAUCAAGAGUCCAAUCUUCACCCCGACCACAGGCCGUCAUGAGCAUGGUCUGUUUAACCUGUACCAUGCAAUGGAUGGAGCCUCACAUCUACAUAUCCUGGUGGUCAAAGAGUAUGAAAUGGCCGUUUACAAGAAGUACUGGCCCAACCACAUCAUGCUGGUGCUGCCUACAGUCUUCAACGGAGCUGGAAUAGGUGCUGCUCACUUCCUGAUUAAAGAGCUAUCGUAUCACAACUUGGAGCUGGAACGCAGUCGUCGGUUGGAGGGAGGGGGCCCAGCAGGUGACGUCUGGCCCUUCAUCAUCCUGGCUGAUGACUCAUGUGUGAUGUGGAACGCAGUGGACCUCGACGCACGCAAUGGUCCAGUGGAGCACGCUGUGUCACUGAAGCAGGUUUUACAGCACAUGGAGGCCUGUCCGGACCUGGCUCACUACGGACUGUGUGGGAUCAGGAAGUGGAGCAGUCGUGGACUCACAGGUAAUAAACAAAGGGGACCUUUCUCCAGAGGUCAUCUUCAUGACUUCCUUCUCCUCAAUGUCGACCGAAGUCAGAACGUCCAGUAUGACCAGAACCGCUUCACCUGUCAUGACGUUGACUUCACCCUGAGGCUACACAGUGCCGGACUGCUCGUCUGCCGGUUUAACAGCUUUAGUGUCAUGAAGAAGCAGAUCGCCAUAGGAGGAUACAGAACAUUUAUCAUCAAGACCAAGAUGACAGAUGUUCCCACCUCAGUGGGGCCCUCGCAGUACAUCUGUGCCCCAGACAGCAAGCACCUUUUCUUGGCUACGCCAGCUCAGCUUCUCCUGGAAAAGUACCUCCAACACACCAGCCAGAAGCUGUUUCCACUCAGCACCAAGAACUACACACACCCUGUACUGUCUGUAGACUGUUACCUCAACCUGGGACCUGAGGUGACGGUGUGUUUUGUGAGUUCAAGACCUCACUCUGUCAACAUCAGCACCACCGGGCUGCUGUUCAGCGGCCUUCUCCUCUGUUUCGCUGACUCCUUUGUGACUCCUGGGUUCCUGAAGAAGUUCACCUUCCUCAAAGGUGCGACUCUGUGUGUGAUCAGUGCAGAUCGUAGCUCCUUGAGGCAGACGGUGGGCAGGCUGGAGCUGGAGGAGGAGUGGAGGUUCAGACUCAGUGACGAAUUCCAGACUGCCAACGCCAAGGAAGACAGACCGCUCUUCUUCCUGACUGGAAAACAUAUAUGACUGGAACAUGUGUAUACAGUGAUACUGCCAUGAAGUAUGAAAUGUACAAGAGUAUGUCUUGUGCUAUAUAUGACAGUACACACGAAAAUGGGUUUUGAAUUGACAAUGCAAGAUAUACAAGAUAGUAGGCUAUUAUACUGUAGGUAUAUUACCCACACCUGUGAGACCCAAAGGAAACAUUGUGAAGAGAAUAUGAAACCUAGACCAGUUCCUAUCACUGCGCACACACACACAAACACACACACACGCACACAAAUAGGAUUUGGAGUUGAGGUCCAGGUUUAGGCUGCCAAAGUCAAGACAGAUACAUUCAUCUCGGAAAGGUCGUGAUCUAUGAAAAUGCUAAUGUGUUAUGGAUAAGGAAACAGCAGAGAAUUAUUUAGCUAAAUAUAUAUUUUUAUGUGGCCUUUAUUUAGCCAUGAUUCUCCUGUGAGUUAGCAAAUGAUUGUCCAUGAAAGGUUAAAGAUUUUUCAAAAGGCUUUUCAGGAAACCUCAAGUGAAAAGCUGGUAAAGACAUGGUAUUGUCUUCAUUUACUGUGAUUUGUGUACCACUCCAUUCAACACUGAAGUGCUAACUUUAUCAGAGUAUUUUUUGUUCCACUAGCUAAUGUGUUGAAAUUGUGUGAAAUUAAAAACACCCGUUAUCUGGUUGUAAAGUAGUGUGGUGUCAAAAAGUUUAAAGGAUUCAUUUUAUCAAAAAAGGGCUCGAUGCAGUAUCUCGAUUUACUGGAUAUUUGAGGGAGAUAGACAUAAGCAAAAUGAAAAUGGAAUCAAACAUUUUAUGCUUUGUGAAAGUCGCAGGUUCUGCUUUUGUAUUUCUUGAUCUGUGUUUGCAGGUUUAGCUGUGUGUAAUUUCUUGCUGCAAUAUUUCAGUGUUCUGCAAACUUACUUGCAGAUUCAAACAAUAUGAGAAGCUUUGUUAAGGGUAGACACAAUCAUUUGUGUGCAAAGGUAGCCGAUUUUUGGCAACAGACAUUUAUAUAGGGCAAUUUUGUUGGACAAGGUUUGUUUUGCAUGUAUGUUUUUACAUAUAAAAUAUUUUGAAUAUAUUUUGUCACAUUUGUAUUAUGUAAAAAGUACUUAUCUACUGCAUGUACAAGAUAAAGAAUCCUAAAGCUGUUUCUCUGUUGUGAUGUAGAAGAUUUUGUUGGUAAAGAUGUUAUUAAUGUUUUAUGCUCAAUAUACUGUAUGAUGAUGUUAUUUGUAGCUGUUGCAGAAACACAAAUCCACUGUGUAUUGGCAGCUUUUCACAAUGUACAGUUUUCUAUACUUUUAAUUGUAUAAAUGUACAGACAUUCUCAA